UGAUUUCCAUGCCGGCAAUCCAAACAGACACUUUGAAAUCAUUCAUUCAUAAUGUCAACACGCACCGAAAAGUUCCAGCGCAAGCCACGCGAUCCUACCUCUGAUCUAUCAGAAGCUGCAGAAGCUGAAGAAGUCCUAAGAUUUCCACCCGAAGAAGAAGCUGUGUGUAUCUUCAUACCCUUUCGCAGUGCGCGGCUCCAUUUCAUUUACUUAAUGCUAAUAAUAUAAAUGAUAGUCUCUCCUCGCUGAAUCUAACACACUUAAAGCUACCGCAAAUGAUUUAUUUUCUAAGAAAUCUUACAAAGGAGCUAUCGAUACAUAUGAAAGCGCACUAUCAACUUGUCCGAAAUAUUUAGAAUACGAAAGGGCGGUAUUGAAGAGUAAUGUGGCGGCCUGUCAUUUGAAAUUAGAUGAGUGGAAGGAGGCUGCCAAAGCAAGUUCAGAAGCUUUAGAAGGGCUGGAAAGAUUGCAGAAAAAAGAGGCAGAGGAGAAAGAUGGGGAUGGAGAUAAAGGCGCAAAGAAAGAGGAGGUGAAGGAAGAGGAAGAGGCAGAUGAGGAAAUCAUAAGUGAGGGAGCUACAAAAGCGGAGGAUACGAGAGGAAAAGAUAUUGAUGAUGCGAAAGAGACUCGAGCAAAGGAUAUUGAGAGGAUAAAAGCGAAAGCUUUGAUGAGGAGGGCGAGGGCUAGAAGUGAACAGGAUGGAUGGUCUACUCUAGCUGGUGCUGUGGAAGGUACAGUAUUUUAUUCCAUUCUUUGAUUUCCCAGUCGGCCGUUCAGGCUCGUAUUAACAUUUCGAACCCGAAAUAUAGACUACAAACUCCUCUCAACCUUUACCAACCUCUCUGCCGUCGACCGAAGAACAGUUCAAACACAGCUUCGCCUUUUACCACCCAGAAGUAAAGCGGCCCAAGACCGAGAAAUGGGAGAAAUGAUGGGAAAAUUAAAGCAGGUUAGUUUGAUUAAUUUUUGUAAGUCUUAUUUCUUUUUAUUCAUAAAAGCUUACGGUUUGGAUACGAUACUGUAGUUCGGAAAUGGAAUAUUAAGUCCAUUUGGAUUAUCUACAGAUAAUUUUCAAAUGGUUAAGGAUGAGAAGACUGGUGGGUAUAGUAUGAAUUUUAAUCAAGGUGGGAAUUCAUGAUUUCGAUUAUUGGUCGAUGCCCAAAAAUCGAAACUUGGUGAUACUAUUAUACCAAGAGGAUCAAGGCUGCAUCAUGAUCAUCGAUCGAUCACAGGAGCAUAUUGAGUGGAGUUCGGGCCAUACCGAGGUAUUACAUCCAUGCAUUUUCCAGUAGUCUAGAUCUAGAUGUUACUGGAAUGUACGAGGAUACUUGUUUUUGAGAACAGCCCUGGUACCCCGUCACAACAAAGCUCAAACAAAUAUGAUGAAUGACUCCAGACAUGCUUCAAUGUGCUUCGGGAACCAUUUGAGAACAGGAAUAUAAU